GUUUAGCAUUAGGAGUCAGUGAUCAAAUUCACCUCUUGACAUUUGCUCAAAACAGCUCUCCUUUUGAUCUACAUUUCCCUUUUAUUUUUCUGCAGCCGAUCCUUUGCCUUAUCCUUAAAUCUCUAUUUUAUACCACUGCUUGCCAGCAUUAUGUUAAAUGUUGGUAUGUUUUCCUUGUGAAUAAAAUGUCUUUUUUCAAAUAGAAAUGUAGGUCUUGUGUAAAAACAAAAUGAAAUCUCCUCUGAUCCUCUGUCUUUAAUGAUUGAUCAAAAUGUCAACAUGCAUCCAGUUUGCAGUCCAAGUCCAGGCGGUCGCUUUUAUUCAAUUACUGGAACCGUACAUGGGGCCUCUAUCGUUUGGUAGUUUCAAAUAUGAUUUAUUUUGAAUUGUGAGUUCAUUUUAAUAGGUGCCCAGACUUGUUGAAUUUAAAAGCAUUUGACCUACUCUGAAGUUUCAAUAUGAUCUUCAUUUUUGCUGAAAAACUACAUUAUGUUCUUUAUUUGUCAGUGGGUCUACUGAGUCUACCACUGCUUACAGAAUGUGACAAAAUUAGACUGGUCGGGCCUUCCCGUUGCUCUGGUAGAGUGGAGGUCUACCAUAGAGACAGCUGGGGAACAGUGUGCGAUGAUCACUGGAGCAUUGCCAAUGCUGAGGUGGUGUGUCGCGAAUUAAACUGUGGGACAGUUCUUGAGGCAAAAAAAGGUGCCUUCUUCGGACAGGGAAAGGAUCACAUUUGGUUGGACGAUGUCCUGUGUGUUGGUCAUGAGACUUCCCUCCUAAACUGCCCACACAGACCCUUCGCAGAAAAUAAUUGUGGCCACGGUGAAGAUGCUGGGGUUGUCUGUUCAGAUCAUGUGCGGACGGUCAACGGAAGCAAUCGCUGUAACGGCAGAGUGGAAAUCUUUCAUGAUGGCCACUGGAAACGAGUAUGCAGUAGUGACUGGAGCAAGGAAGAAGCUGAUGUGGUGUGCAACGAGAUUAGCUGUGGCACUCCUAUCAUUCGGGCUGAAACACCAUAUUUUGGAGAGGCACAGAACCUGGUUGGAGUCAAAACCACCUGUUUUGGAAAUGAGACCUCUGUUUCACACUGCAAAAUUCAAGAAUUCAAGGAAACCUGUGUUGAUGCUACUAUUUUUUGUACAAACAGUAAACCAAUUCGUCUGAUCAAUGGGACUAAUCGGUGCAGUGGUCGAGUGGAAAUCUACCAUGAUGGACAGUGGGGAACAGUUUGUGAUGACAGAUGGGGGAUGCAGGAAGCAGCUGUUGCAUGCCGAGAGAUGAACUGUGGGAAUGCCCUAGCAGUCAAGUACAAGGCCUACUUCGGCAGAGGUCGGGAACAGGUUUGGUUGGAUGAUGUUGAGUGUACUGGCCUUGAGAAGUCACUUGCUGACUGUCCUCAUAGAGGUUUUGGAGAACAUGACUGCGACCACAGUGAAGACGCUGGUAUUGAAUGCUCAGAGACAGUCAGAUUGAUCAAUGGGACUGACCAAUGUUCUGGCAGAGUGGAGGUCUUCCACAAUGACCAUUGGGGGAAAGUUUGUAAUAAUAACUGGGGCCUUAAAGAGGCUGCAGUGGUGUGUUCGGAACUCAGUUGUGGAACUCCAAAAAAACACCAGGAAAACUUCCAUUUUGGUGAAAGUGGACUGAGAGGCUUUACAAGUAGCUGCACUGGCAAUGUGAGCUCUUUCAGCCAGUGCAAACUUCAAGAAUACAUAGGGUCGUGUGAUGGGGUUUCUAUUUCAUGUACAGGUAAUCCACCAAUAAGGCUUAUCAAUGGCACUGGCCGAUGCUCUGGCAGAGUGGAGAUUCUGCAUAAUGGCCAGUGGGGAACAGUGUGCGAUGAUGAGUGGGACAUCAAUGAUGCUCAGGUGGUGUGCAGAGCAAUGGACUGUGGAACGGCUCAGACAGCCAAAUCUAGUGGCUUCUUUGGUCAAGGCCAAGGAGACAUCUGGCUGGACGAUGUCAACUGUUUCGGGAAUGAGACAUCCCUUGUGCACUGCCAGCAUCCUUCCUUUGGAGAAAACAACUGUGGCCAUGGUGAAGAUGCUGGUGUGGUGUGUUCAGCUACCAUUAGACUAAUCAAUGGGACUGACCAGUGCUCAGGCAGGGUGGAGGUCCACCAUGGUGGCCACUGGUCGCCAGCAUAUAAUCUUAACUGGGGAAUGAAUGAAGCUACAGUGGCGUGCAGAGAGAUGAACUGUGGAGAUCCUGUCAAGACCACGAGCUCAUUUGGUAAAGGCAGUGAUCUGGGAGGGUAUAGAAUCAGUUGCAGCGGUAGAGAGAUGUCUCUCACAGAGUGCUCACUGCAAGACUAUGUGAUGACCAGAAACGAUCGUACUGAAGAGGCAGCUAUCGUAUGUUCAGGCAAUGUGAAAUUGGUCAAUGGGUCCAAUCGUUGUUCUGGAAGAGUGGAGUUUUAUGAAAAGGGCCAGUGGGGGACUGUGUGCGGUGAAUCCUGGGAUAUGAACGAUGCCACAGUGGUGUGCAGGCAGCUGAACUGUGGGAAGGCUCAUAAGAUUACCACCAUGGCUGAGUUUGGGCACGGCACAGGACAAACCUUUAUCGAUCAAAUUGAAUGCCAUGGAUUUGAGUCUACACUGAAUCAGUGCCAACAACGACCAUUUAGAGAUAAAACGUGCAACAUCACCUUUGUUGCUGGUGUUGUCUGCACAGGAAGUUUGGAAGUCCGGUUGGCUAAUGAUAAGGACGAGUGCUCUGGCAGAGUAGAAGUCCGUCAUGGUGAGGUGUGGCAAACAGUGUGUGAUGCAGACUGGACCUUGAGUAAAGCUGAGGUGGUGUGUGAGCUGCUGGAGUGUGGACGUGCUGUGAAUGCUCUCAGUGGUGCCCAUUUUGGCCAAGGCAGUGGAUCAGUGGUGGAGGCUAGCCAUACAUGUUUUGACAACCUGACAGCUCUUCAGCAAUGCUCACUAAAAGGUUUCAGAGCAGCAACGUGUGGGCACGACCAUGAUGCUGGUGUUCUCUGUGCAGCACAGCUCCGUUUGGUCAACGGCGCAGGUGAAUGCUCCGGUAGAGUGGAGGUACACUAUAAAGGCCAGUGGGGAACUGUGUGUGAUGAUGAUUGGCAAAUGACCAAUGCUGACGUGGUGUGUAGACAGCUUGGCUGCGGUCAUGCAGUUUCUGCUCCUGUAAGUGCCCACUUUGGUAGAGGCACCGGUCCAAUAUGGCUGGAUAAUGUGGAGUGUUCAGGCCAAGAGUUUGCUCUCACACACUGUUCCCAUCCCGCGUUUGGAGAAAAUAACUGCGGGCAUGGUGAAGAUGCUGGCGUUAUCUGUUUAGGUGCUCUACAGAAACCUGAAAUCUCUUUGAGUCCUAGUUCAGAUGUAAACUGGGGUGAAAGAGUUGAAAUCACCUGCACUGUAGUAACAGAACACUCGGGUGGGACAUUCCUCCUAAAAAAGACCGAAGGAUCAUUUAAAAUGGAAAAAUUCUCUGAACACGAAGCUGCAACCUUUGCCUUCCCCACAGUGGACUUCAGCCAAAGGGGGUCGUACUUCUGUGAAUAUCAAAAGAAAUUUCCCAAUCAAGUCAUCUAUUAUCCUCAAGGAACUACUGCUGAGCUCUCUGUUACAGUGAAACUGGAGAAGCCCGCCAUCACGCUGACAUCUCCUCAUGCAAUGGCGGUCUACAGCCCUGACAAAAUAUCAGUCACCCAAGGCAGCAGCUUCUCCAUCACUUGCUCUACCCAUUCCAGAUAUCCUGGAGGUGUCUUCUACCUGACAAAGACAAACAUGAACACCACUGAAGAGAAGCCAGCAUUUGGCCAAUCUAUCUUCUACAUGGCUUACUUUGAAUUCCCUGAAAUAGCUUUUGAACAUCAAGGAAAAUAUACCUGUGUCUAUGGUCUUAACAUCUCCUCGUUGUCCUUCAAUUCCGUUCCCUCAAAGAUACUCCAAGUCACUGUAGUCGCAUCUACAUCAUCUCCAGUUGCCGCAGGCGUUGGGGGUAGUCUAGUGGUGUUGCUGCUCGUGCUGGUUGUAGGCUACCUGGUCGUGAAAAAGAGAUGGCGCGGGGCCGGUACCAUUGUUCAGUUUAGUAAAAGAUUUGGAGGAGCCAUUAAACAAGAAAUGGGAGACAGAAGCAAUGGAGCACUUGAUGGAAGGGACCACAACACCCAAGUGAAUGACCGUGUUGGGCAAAGUCACAGCUCAGAAGACAGGAGUGAUGAUGGUGAUUUUGAUAACUCUAUUGAGACAGUCCCUGAAGACCUGGCUGGGAGAGUGUGUUACGAGCUUGAACCACUUGUUCUCUCGUGAUAACAAAAUGACUCAAGGAAUGACCUCUGUCAUGUGGUUUCACUAAAUUUAAAGAGUAAUGCAACACCCGGUUAAAAAUCUGUGUUUCUCUUCUCUCUCUGGUUGAAAGUUUCAUGUCUGUUGCAACUAAAACCACACUCAGCAUUGAUGUCGCAGUGUACUGAUACACCCUGGGUUACACUUAUAAGUUGAAGUCAGCAAAAAAAAAAAAAAAAAAAA